AUGACAUCUUCAUUGAACUCCGUUCUUUUAAUUGGAGGUUCUGGUUUCCUCGGGCUUCACUUGAUCCAACAAUUUUAUAAGAAUUCACCAGAUACAAAAAUCUACGUGUUCGACGUGCGUCCAUUACCUGAGAAACUUUCGAAAUACUUUACUUUUCCAGCAGAUCAAAUUGGAUACUUCGAGGGAGACAUAAUUUCUGAAGAUGAUGUAAGUCAUGCAGUAAGGGAAUCUGGAUGCGAUGUAGUAGUUCACUCUGCAUCUCCAAUGCAUGGUCUUCCUCAGGAAAUAUACGAAAAAGUGAAUGUUCAAGGAACUAAAAAUUUGAUUGAAGUGGCACAAAAGUUGGGAGUGAAAGCUUUGGUAUACACUUCUUCAGCGGGGGUUAUUUUCAAUGGGCAGGAUGUACGUAAUGCGGACGAAACAUGGCCUUAUCCCGCUGUUCACAUGGAUGGUUACAACGAAACAAAGGCUAUAGCUGAAACUGCCGUAAUGCAAAGCAAUGAUCCAGAUGGACUUCUCACUGUGUGUCUUCGUCCGGCUGGUAUAUUUGGUCCCGGAGAUCGUCAAUUAGUUCCUGGUCUUAGAGCUGCUGCAAGGAUGGGCCAAUCUAAGUUCCAGCUUGGUGAUAAUAACAAUCUUUUUGAUUGGACUUAUGCUGGAAACGUAGCAGAUGCUCAUGUGUUGGCCGCUCAAAAAAUAAUAGAUCCUUCUUACCGUGACAAACUUGGAGGAGAAACCCUCUUUAUCACUAACGAUGCUCCAACUUAUUUUUGGACUUUGGCUCGUACCGUGUGGAAAGCUGAUGGCCACAUUGACAAAUAUAAUAUUGUACUAAAGCGCCCAAUUGCAAUUGUAGCUGGUUAUUUGUCAGAAUAUGUCUCUAAAAUACUAAAUAAGGAACCAGGAUUGACCCCUUUUCGGGUUAGAGUUGUAUGUGCUACUCGUUACCAUGAUAUAUCAAGAGCUAAGGAGCUCCUCGGCUAUAAACCAGCAGUGGAUUUGGAGACAGGUAUAAAUUAUACUUUAGAUUGGAUGAAUGAAAAGUAA